AUGGCGCCAGUGAAAGGACCAAAGAAACCGCUUAAAUCCAUGGAAAAAGCCAUUGAAAAACCAAUAUCAAAAUCGAAGAAGAAUAAAAAGAAGAAUUACCUGGGUUUCGCCAUUUAUAUCUACAAGCUAUUAAAAACUAUAGCAAAAGAACCAAUGCGUAUAUCAAGAACAUCAAUGGUCAUCAUGAAUAGUUUUGUGAACGACACGUUGGAAAGAAUCGCCGUCGAAGCGGGAAGAUUAGUUGCCCACAGUAAAAAAACAACUAUGAGCAGUAGAGAGAUCCAGUCAGCAAUAAGACUAAUAAUUCCCGGAGAGCUAGCAACACACGCGAACAUCGAAGCAACUAAGGCGAUCACCAUGUAUUACAAGAGCCGAGAAAAAACCGCCCCAACGAAGGUUUGA